GCACACCCGUGCGGAACUUCCACUCCACAGCCAGGCUCCGCGCGAGCGCCGGUGCAGUCCCGGGGAUUCCUGGGUAGCAGUUCCAAGCCCGGGCGGUGGCCCAGCUAACCCGGGAGGAGGCUCGGCCCCAGCGGCGACCCGGAGGAACCCAGGAUGGUGUGGCCGCCGCUGCUGCUGUCGCUGCUGUGCCUGCUCUGGGCGCCCACGAGAGCAGGGACCGGGACGGUCGAUGUGCAGGCGCCCGCGCAGGUGCGCGGCUUCCUGGGCGACACGGUGGAGCUGCGGUGCAAACUGCCGCCCCUGGAGCACAAAGUGCAGGUGACGCAGGCCACGUGGACGCGGCGGACGGCGGCGGGGGACGACCUCAACGUGGCGGUCUUCCACCCCACACAGGGCUCCAGCUUCCCCGAGCCCGGGCGGCUGGAGUUUGUGGCCGCCAGGCCGGGCGAGGAGCUGCGGGACGCGUCGCUGGCCCUGCGAGGGUUGCGCGCCGAGGACGAGGCCAAUUACACCUGCCGGUUCGCCAUGUUCCCCGACGGCAGCAAGAGCGCGCGCACCUGGCUCCGCGUGCUGGCCCAGCCGGAGAACACGGCUGAGACGGAGGAGGUCCCGCCCGGCCCGCUCAGCCUGGAGCCUGUGCCCGUGGCCCGCUGCGUCUCCCGUGGGGGCCGGCCGCCCGCCCGGAUCUCCUGGUCAUACCCAGACGGGAAGGCCAAUGACAGCCUGGUGCCAGGACACCUGCCUGGCACGUUCGACGUCAUCAGCCUCUUAACCUUGACACCCUCCAGCCAGGCAGAUGGCCAGAACGUCACCUGCAAAGUGGAACAUGAGAGCUUCAAGGAGGCCGUCCUGCUGUCUGUGACUCUCGCCGUGCCUUACCCCCCUGAGGUCUCCAUUUCCGGCUAUGAUGACAACUGGUACCUCGGCCGCAGCGAGGCCACCCUGAACUGUGAUGUCCGCAGCAAACCAGAGCCCACAGGCUACGACUGGAGCACGACCAGGGGCCCCCUGCCACCCUCUGCUGAGGCCCAGGGCUCGCACCUCCUGAUCCGUACCGUGGACGAGUCAAUCAACACAACUUUCAUCUGCCACGUCACCAACGCCCUAGGGACUGGCCAGGCAGAAAUGACCGUCCUGAUCAGAGCAGAACCUCACGAGGAAGAGCCACAACCAGCCCUGUCCAUCACCAUCAUCGUGGCGAUCGUGGUGACCGUGUUCUUAGUGGCCCUGUUGCUGAUUUAUUUCUGCUGGUUCAGACGCUCCCGCUGUUCCCCCGCCUGGAGCGCCCUCGCCACGGCCCCUUCUGGUGAAGUCCUUCGGCUUCGGGAGAAGAGCCUGCAGAGCGCCUCGUGCUGGGAGCCCCAUUUUACAGAUGAGGAAAUGUCUGCUGAGAGAGCUGAAGUCUUCCAACAGCCACACAGCUGGAAAGUCGGGAGUAGAGGGCAGUUCUCCUAACUACGAAGGUCGGACCCCAAACAGCUCCUCUGCCAAUGGCUGUAUCUCCUACACAGCGGUGGACCUUAAUGCCAGCUCUUCCCAGGACCCGCCCGCAGGGAACACCAGGUGACUGCGUGGGGACUGCUGGAGAGAGAGACUGGGGCCACCCUGCCCAGUGGAGGAAGGCUGCCUCCAAAGAGACUAGCCACCUCCCUUGUGCCAGGCUGACCUCAGGAAUGACCCCUGUGCCUCACCGUGCCGCAGCAGGUGCACGUUCGGGUGUUCCCCACGACCACUCUCUGGCUCAGGCAUUCGCUGGAAGGACUCGCGGAACCCAAGAACGCGGUUACGCUCACGCUUCGGGUUAUCACAGUGAGAGCAUGAGACUCAGGUCAGCAGCGUGGAUGCAGAGCCCCUGGGGGCACCAGGCUGGACCGACCAGGCACCAGGCCCCAGUCGUCCCACACGGGCAGCCCCGAUUUCUCCCAGCCGUGACGUGUGAUGGCACAACAGAGUGCCUCCAUCCUUGCCGGACCUUGGGCUGCCGGAGUUUUGGUUGCAGUAUUUAUUCCGGGGCUCCGUCGUGGUAGGGACGGCUGACCACCCACGGAGCUGACCGUCCUCUCCAGCACCUCUGUAGCUCAAAGCCCCACUGUGUUACUCUUCUUAAUUAUUUAUUAUUAUUAUUAUUAUUA